UUAUCUCCGAAAGAACUGGCGACCCAUCACUCUGGCUCUUCCCCGAAACCCUAGCCCUCUCAUCCUUCCUCUCUCGCUCUCUUUUCACAGUCACCACCGCCUCCCUCUCCUCCGCUCACUCCCGCUACUGUCUCUCCGGCGCCAUCGCCUCCGCAGGCAAGCGCUCUCUCUCUAAAACCCUCUCCGUUUGAUUUUAAUUUGGGUUAUUCAUGGUUCCUUCUGAUUUCUCCUGGUUGCCCAAAACCCCAAUUCCUUCUUCUCAAAUCCCAGCGAAAUCCCAUCAAUCCCCACAACUUAUGCUUGUAAAAUGGUGCCGUCUAACUCCUCAAAGAAGAAUCUUUCUCUGUUCCGCCAUUAGAGCUUCGAACGCAAGCGCUGCCGCCGAGUCUUCUUCUUCUUCUCUGAGAGUCUACUCGGCCAAGCAAUUUGAGCUCAUAGUUCCCAACAUUGACUUGGUUCUCGAGGACGUCGGCCCCUAUCUCAUCAACGAUGGUGGAAACGUCGACGUUGUGUCCGUCGAAGACGGCGUCGUUUCUCUGAAGCUCCAAGGGGCUUGUGGAAGCUGUCCUAGCUCAACAACCACCAUGAAAAUGGGGAUUGAAGGAGUGCUUAAAGAAAAGUUUGGAGAUGCACUCAAGGAUAUUCAACAAGUCUUUGAUGAAGAAAACAGAGAGACCAUAGUUGAGGUGAGAGCUUUUGAUUUCUCGACAUGUUUAUACAGUGUCGAUGGAUUUUCGUGAUGAGUGAGUUUAUGAUUGUAAGUGCAGGCAGUCUCGACACA